AUGGAGCACCUUCCAGAGGAGAUUUUGACGGACGUUCUCGACUACCUCAAUCCUGAGGAAUUACUCAAUGUGCAGCGAACCUGCGUCACUCUGUCCAAGUCAGCACGAGCCAAUACAUUAUGGAGGUACAAGUGCUUCGAGGAAUCUCCUAGCGCCUCUAUGAGGAACAAAGCCGGUACAUUGAGUACUCUGACUAGCGCAUUGCAGGGUCUGACUUUAUCGGAUCGACCACCUCAGCGACAACACAGUACAGGAGACAAAGAUGGCUCCGAACAUUCGGUGCGAGAGAGCCAAAGAGCACGUGCAGUCAACCUAUGGGACCCUUCAGACAGGAAUGAAAAGGUCGAUUGGUUUUCCGAAUACAAAGGCAGACAUGCUCCGCUAAACACCCACUGGCUCCAUGGUACAUCCUCGGACAAUUUGGAGGUUAAAGGCGUUGCUUCUCUAGACGGCUCUAGUCAGGCGGUGGGUUACCUAGAAGACUCGAGUGUCUGCAUCUGGGACCUCAGUGAAGACUCAUCCGGGAGAAGAGGAUUCAAAGAACUUGGCAGAAGCAAACCAUCUGCUUUGUUCGCUGAUGCUGUCCACCCUGGCGAGUCCCUGGUUGUCGACGGCAUGAGUACCUUCCCUGCACAACGAAAGGCGUUUGUUGCUGUCGGCAAUAUCCUGAACGAAUUCGACCUCAACAUCCUCAAGGUUGUCUCGAGCGUGAAAUACAAGUAUCCAAUAACAGCCUUGUCGCAAUCUACCUCCCCAGAAUUACCACUCACAAUAGGGACUCAAUGGAGUCUUCACAUCCUCGACCCCCGGGUACCGACUACACGAUCCAGUGACGCUUCCGAUGAACGCGUGGACGAAACACCAGGCCGUUCAACCGCCAUUCUACCCAAUUUCUCGGGAAAUCCAGAUCUUCUUUCUUCAACAUUGGAAAGAUACAGACCACUUUCGCAGAGUCCUGAUCCAUAUCACAAUCGAAGCCACCAUUGGAUGGCGUACGCCAAAGUAGAACCAGGGCCAUUAUCAAUCCUUCACCACGCUGAAAAUGAGAUUCUCAUUGGAGGCAGGUUCCCCAGCAUUCUGUCCUACGAUCGUCGGUACUUCCCCCGUCUUCAAUAUGUCAUCCAUUCUGGCGGAAGUCUAUCCGGCCUAACCUCGAUCCCGCACCCUCCAACCGGAGCUUCACCGAGCGUCAGUGCAACAUCGACUCUCGUGGCGUGUGGGGAAUAUCGAGGUCGCGGAUCUCUGGAGCUUUACUCACUUCCGCACUUGAGAGCCAUCGGGAACUCGACUUCAGAUUCAGUCACGAGCACCAGCGCAACAGAAGAAGCAGGAAUCGAUUUUGAUCUUGGAAGGGGCAGCCGUAGUCUGGUGCCAGACGAUAGCCUCUUCAGCUACAAGAACCGACAAGAAGCAGCCAAAUCCAAGCUCCUCUCCGUAGCCUCGCACGGGACCAAGAUCGUUUUUUCCGAUUCGGAAGGCGGGCUGAAAUGGGUCGAGCGUGACGGCCGCAGUCUUGUGCGGAAGUGGAAUAUCAACGACUUCCAAGUAAGUCAGGCCGGUGCCUCUAUUAGCGGGGACCAGGUCGCGCGCAAGAUCAUUCCGCUCAAUGUUCCGAACUCGGAGCGCGGACAGCGCGGCGAUGCCGAUUUGUUGAUCUGGACGGGGGAGCGUGUCGCCAUUGUGAGUCCCAACGCGCAGUUCGCCAAUCACGAGGAGUUGGUCAGUGAAUUGGAACAGGGAGAGGAUGUCGGCGAGCGCGAGGAGCGUGAGCGUGCAGAGGCCUAUUCGAAGACCAUGAGACGAGCACUGGAACGGCAGGCCGAUGAGAGGAUAUGGAUGAGUCGGUUCCGUCUGAAGAGGCGGGACUAG